CUAAUGGUUUUCAAAGUAAGAAAAGGGAGGUUUUUGGAUAAAUGCACAAGUCAUAGAGCGACUGAAGAUAAAGCAAAAGUAAAUAUUCAGCGUUUCACUGCGGUUUCACUCAGCGUGUUAACAAAUGCAGAAACUUUCAGGGAUUCUGACACAAAAAUGAGAAGCUUUAACCAGAACAUAAUCUAUAUAAUUUCUGCUUGCCUUUUUUCCUCUGCACUUCAAGUUCAAGCCUGGUAUGGUGAUGAAGACGUAGAACGUGGAGAUGAAUUCAUUGACAAACUUCUGAAAGAUAUGCUUGAAGAUCAUGGCCACGAGUACGAUCCAUAUUUGCUAGAAGAUAAUGUUAUAGCAUUUAGUAAGAAGAUAACAUUUGUAAACGUAACUGGUGAGGCGAAAUUGCAUAACGGUUAUAUACUGGGUUUAAAGACUCUACACCGUCCUGAUCAUUGCUACGUAACUGAAAAGGAUGGUCGCCUGCACGUGAAAGCUGACUUAGGUGCUGGUGUUUUAGAUUUUCGUUAUGAUGGCACAGUGAAGUUUAUGAAUUUUGGACCAACAAUACACGUCUUUGGUUCAUUAGCAUACCUUGAAGUCCACAUGGAAUUUUCAGUUGAUUCUAAAACUGGGCGGGACGGAGAGUUAACAGAAUUCUAUAUCGAUGAUAUUAAAGGGAUGAAAGUAUGGGUGACAGGACUAGGCCCUUUAAACUGGAGUUUAAAUUACAUAAUUAGUGGUGUUACUACACUUUUUGAAGGUUAUAUAAGAAGUUUCAUCCAAAACAAGGUAAGAAAGCACUUAGAAGAGAGAUUACCUAAUUACGUGUUUCCUGUUGAUGGCGCAGAGACAUUGUGGUAAUAUAAAAUUUAGAAAUAAUAAUUUAAUAAUUGGAAAGACUAAAAAAUAUGCUGAAACUUAUCAAAAAGAAAUAAAAUUAUUUGCUUCCAAAAAAUGAAGUUUUUUCUGCUAGAAUUUUCAGAAGUAAAUAUUUCAUAAGCAAGUAAAUUAACGCUCGAGUGUAAUUAACUUAUGAAAUUAUGAAAGUUGACCACAAUCUGAUUUCCAUUUGUGAAGACGAAAAUAAAACGCAUUCAUAUAUUGCAUGUCGGAUUAAUUACUAUUUAAUAUUUUCUGCUUUAUUUUGCACUUUGUAGUAUGACCAUAUUAUUCUUGGCUAAUUAAAAAUUUUCAACCAGAGAUGUACUGUAUUAUUUUAAAAAAUAAAUCUGUGUCUUAA